AUGGGCGUCCGUGAAGCGCUUGGCGAUAAACAAGACAAGGCGCUCUUCAAGGCCGCGAGAGACGGUGCCGUCGACGAGGUCCCAGAGAAAAAUGGCCAUGUCUCGGUGGUUGCGAUGCUGGACAAGAUGCAUGGCGCGAUCGCGGAGCUCUUUACAGCGCUCGUCAAGUCCGACGAGGCAACGGUCUUGCGUCUUCUCGUCGAGAACGUCCCCGCGUACAUCACAUACUGGAAGGGCCGUUUCGAAGACGCCCUUCAGAUUGCUUUUGCGGAGACGGGAAAUUUUGUAUUCACGCAAGGCAAGUGCACGAAUGCAAAAACAGCCUUGCACUUUGCCGCCACGAACGGUCACGCUAGUGUCGUCACGUUGCUUUUGGCCCACCGCGCCACCGUCAACGCUUUGGACAAGGACGACGCUACGCCGCUCUUUAUGGCCGCCAGAGGUGGUCAUGUCAACGUCGUGGAGCUUCUCCUCGCGGCCAAAGCCGACCCGACCCUGGCCAAUUCCGACGAUGAGACACCCCGGUCCGUUGCCGAAGCGGGUGGCCACACAGCCGUCGUUGCAGCCCUCGACAAGAUCCUGCCACCGCCAUUAACACCAGCAAAGCCGACUAUGACGGAUAUCAUUUCACAAGCCGUCUUCAACAACGAUGCAACGCGAGUGACCGAGCUCUUGCGCGCUGGCGCAGACCCAAACGCACGAUACGAGCGCGGCCCUGCGCUGUCCCCGACGUCAUCGGCCAAGGCCGGCGUCGGCAUCUCGUUUCUGAAGGCCAACGCCAAGGCCCACAUCCAAGACGACAGCAGCCUUUUGCAUGUGGCGGCGGCGCACGGGUCGGAAGCCAUUGUCGCACUCCUUCUUGCCAGCUCCGCCAUCGAGCUCAACCCACGCGACAGUACCGGGGCGACACCUAUGUACGUUGCCGCAGCCAACGGACAUGCGUCGGUGGUCCAACAACUUGUCACCGCCAAGGCUGAUGUCAGGGCAGUGACCAACACAAAAGACACGUCGCUGCAUGUUGCCGUCGUGCAUGAGCAUCCCCGCGUCGUCGAGCGGCUUCUCGACGCGGGUGCAGACGUUGACGUUCAGAACAACGAGCACAAGACACCGUGGCAGCUAGCGCAAGAGCUCACGCACCCAGCGAUCCUCGAGGUGUUUCGGACCAAGAAAGCCGCCAACGACCUGUUGCGCGCCAUCGAAACAGGCAACGUACAGCAGCUGCAGAUGCUACUUGGGGCCAACGCCAACCCCAACGCUAUCAAGAGCGAUACGGGCGAUAGUCUGCUCCACUUGGCCGCUAAAAUCAGCCAUCUCGGUAUUCUCGAUAUUCUGCUCCAAGCACCCCACAUCAACCUGCAAAUGCGCAACAAGAAUAUGGAGACAGCACUCUUGGUCGUGAUCAAGCAGCGGGACUUGCACAAAACGCAGAUGCUCCACAACGCAAUGCGUGUCAUGCCCCAUUUUGUUCCAGCAGACACGAUGGCUAUUGACCGGCACAUUGCGCUCGGCGAAAGCAAAGGCAACAUGGUCUACCAAGGCACGUUCGCGGGUUCGACGGUCGCCAUCAAAACGGCACUCUUUCCGUCCCACGCACAGAGUCUCGUGCACGAAAUCCAAGCUCUGCUGCGCUGCGACUCGCCGUACCUCAUGCGGCUUUUGGCGGUCGCCGACCAAGACACGCCAGCGCCCAAGCUCGUCUUUGAGGUCAUGGACGUCGGCAACCUCCGCAUGUACCUCGACAAGAAGCGCGAGCAUCUCUCGCUUGAGGUCGACUACUCUCUGCUCGAUGUUGCGUGGGUCGUGGCCAAUGGCCUCGCCGAUCUCCAUCGCCAAGGUCUGCGCCACCGCGACCUCAAGAGCUCCAACAUCCUUCUCUCGACCACCAACUACAUCAAAGUCGGUGGUCUCGGACUUGCGUUCACGGCGUCGACUGCGCCAUCGUCACCGACGCGUAAUGGUGGCAUGCCGUUCUGGACGGCCCCCGAGAUACUUCGGAAAGGCCAAAUCUACUCUGACAAGGCCGACAUUUACUCGUUUGGGAUCAUUUUGAUCGAGUUGGAGACGCUGCAGCUGCCGUACGCGACGCAGGACAUUGACGACUGCACCUUUCGAGGCGACGUGCGCGACGGAAAGCUGCAGCCGAGUCUCAGUACCACGUGUGCGCCGUGGCUCCGCGACCUCGUCUCUCGCUGCAUCGCGUACAACCCGUCGCAGCGUCCAUCGGCCCAAGAGAUUGUCGAUCAGCUCCAGAGUCGAGCCAAAGACUAG